GUUAAGGAAGCGGGAUACAAAUUCAUCACAAAGAAUCAGUAUCGAAAUUUUUAAUGAGCAUAAUGAUGAGCAAGAAAAUCAACGCAGUGCGCGAGAUGAAUAUCCAUUCGAAGAUGAUGCGAUGACCGAAUCGCCAUCGGCGAAUCCAAAACCAGACACCGAACUUCCAAGAGAUGAUCUUCACAUAAUUUACAAAAGAUCAAUUGACUCUAGUAACAUGGUUAAUGUUAGUUUGCUGCAAUAUUUGGACACAGGCCGAUGGUUUCUGGCCGUCUACAAUGACGAAUUAUUAGCGCAUACUGUCAAUUUGGUCGUCACAGAGGCUCAAGGUGUGAGCACCACUUGUCCAAAUGACUGUUCGGGGAGAGGUUCCUGUUAUUUGGGAAAAUGUGAUUGCAUUGAUGGUUUCCAAGGAACUGAUUGCUCUAAGAGUGUUUGUCCUGUAUUAUGUUCUUCUCAUGGACAAUACGGAGGUGGUAUUUGCCAUUGUGAAGAAGGUUGGAAAGGUGCUGAAUGUGAUGUGCCAAAACAUGAUUGUGAAGACCCGACUUGUUCUGGACAUGGUCGUUGCAAACAAGGCGAAUGCACCUGUGAACGAGGAUGGAAAGGAGCACGUUGUGAAUUAGAAGAUUGUUUGGAUCCAACUUGUUCAAAUCAUGGAACAUGUGUCGCUGGUCAAUGUUACUGCAAAGCUGGAUGGCAAGGUCCAGAUUGCGGAAAUGUCGAUGAACAAGUUUAUCAGUGCUUGCCAGGUUGCUCCGAACAUGGGGUUUAUGAUUUGGAAAGUGGUCAAUGUGUUUGCGACAGACAUUGGACUGGGGCAGAUUGCUCUCAAGGUUAG